UUUCUGCAGCUACAGAUAAAGUUUCUUUUUCUGGCUUUGAAGGUGUUGCUGCUGUGGAAGAGGAUCUGAACAGCGAGCUGAUGAACGAAGACAUUCGUAUCCAUAGCUGGCCUUGUUCUUACUACUUGGACACCAACAAGCAAUGGGUCUCUGGCAGACUCUUACUGACCCCUGUUGCGAUCAAAUUUACAGCUGACAAGACUGGGGAGGUUUUGGUCGACUUCCAUCUUUCUAGUAUCAGUGAGAUCAAGAAGGAAUCAUCGAAUUUAAUUUUCAGCUCUCUUACCAUCUUGGAGAAGAACACCAAACACUGGUUCAGUUCUUUGCAGCCCAGCAGAAAUGCGGUGUUCAACAUCCUGGAGCACUUCUGGAGGGAGCGGUUGCUGUCAAGUGAAGGUGCAGGAGCAGAAGCAGCAGCCUUGCAGACAACAAAAGGAAAGGAACUGACCGGGUUGUUGACUGGGUCGCAGAAACGGCUGGAGGAUACAGCAAAAGUGCUGCAUUACCAGGGCGAGCAGUUUGAUAACAUCAUGAGAGGACUCAACAAGAUCGAAGGGGAUAUGGAUGUGGCAGACAGGCUGUUGACGGAACUCGAAUCUCCUUCUUGGUGGCCAUUUAGCAGCAAGCUCUGGAAAGCACCCUUGGAAACGAAGCCAAAGGAAACUGCCACAGUUUCCGAUUUGAAGAACCAGGAAGGAAUCAUAAUUAGAAUUCCAGUUAUUAUCACCCACAGAACAGACUCAAAUGUGAAGCCAGGAAAACUCACGCUCUUUGCUUCUGGCCUGGAAAUCAGUGACUGCAAUUCUCAGGUCAUUCACCGGUUUGAAUCGAAGGAUGUGGAUGAUAUCAAAGUUCACACGCCGUAUGAAAUCAGUGUCCGUCAGAGGUUUAUUGGAAAGCCUGACACCUCUUACCGGCUCUUGUCAGCAAAGAUGCCAGAAGCAAUCUCUGUCUUAGAGAUGCAGUUUAGCAAGAAGAUACAGUUUUUAGAAGAUGCCCUCGGAUUUGUUGGUGCCAGGAAGUCUCCUCAGGUAGAUUUUGGCACUUCCAUUUGGCAAGCAGCCACAGGACUCUUGGGAGGAGUGGUGCAGCCCAGCUCUCCAGUGGGAGGCAGAGAAAGAACGGACAGUGACCAGGUUCAACUGCAGAAGCAUGAGAAGAUCUCUCAGGAGGAGGCAAAAGAGCUUAAACAGAGCUGGAAGCGCUGGAUGGUCUGCGGUUGUGACUGGGUGCCUGAGUGAAAAAAGAGACCUCACCGGGACACUUGUGUUGAAAACACAGUUUUUAACAUAAUACAGAGUGGUGAUGUGAGCUAUGUUCCUUAGCUGUGCUAUAGAGAAUGGAGAAAGAAGCCUGCACAGUUCCUGUGGUCUCUGGCUGAGCCUCUGCCUACCGCCUUGCUGUGGCUGACAUAAUGGCAAUGGGUGUGGGAGGGGAUGCAAUAAUAUUAGCUUAAGAGGAGGGGGAGUAGUUCUGUUCUGUAGAUCUGGAUUUGUUUUGCCAAGCCAGUGUUUUCUAAUUUCCUAAACUCUUCCUGCCAAAGAACUGUUGUCUUGAUAUUUAGUGUCUGCACAUUGUGUAUGCCAUGAGGACAGAUACUAUUAAAGAAGUUAAUUCCACAACAUCUGGAAAAACAUCACAUCCAGUGCAUAUCGUUAGCAUUUACUUCCUAGAUUAUUCUGUUUCAAUCUUUUGCUCCAUUCAGAGACUCUUGUGUGUUUAGUUACCCUUCUAUCAUGCCAUCAUCUCAGGAAAUCACAACUGUUAGGUCAGAGAAAAAGCGUUUUGUUGAGAAGCUGUUCACUCCAAUUGCUAAAUUCCAAAUUUGCUCAUAGGAUGGCCUUGUUCCAUGGCCAAGAGCAAGCAACAGGCAGCUGAUCUAAGCAGCCACGUGUCAUGAUCGUGCUCUGGAUUUUGUUUAUGAAAGCACGAUCUGGAGAAAGAGCUGAGCUCCUUGCAACUGUUACUGUGUAUUUGCUUGUGUGUAACUUAAAUGUUUCAUGGUACCAAAAUAAAAGGUGAUAGAGAAUCCAGUGAAACUGGCUUUGUCACAACUGCUUGAAUAGAUACAUAUAUGUAUUUUUUUCUUGUCUAGGUGAGACCAGGGCCACCCUCAGUGCUUUGUACAUGGGGGCACUGGGCAGCCUGGUCUAGUAUGAAAUGGGGAGUUUGGUGGCCUUGCCUGUGGCAGGAGGGUUGGAGAUUGAUGAUCCUUGAAGUCCCUUCCAACCCUGGCCAUUCUGUGAUUCUCUACUCCCAAGUAGCAGAGAAAGCAGAUAAAAUCAGAUUUCUAUAUCAGUCCAGGAAGAAAUAAUGGGGAAAUCAGGCACAGGUAAUAAGGUAAUAAGUCGUGGCCUUUUAAUGCUGUUCUAAUAGCCACUGACAGCAAUGUAAAUCCAUAUUUUUUUGUUGUGGAAGUUACUCUUGUUACAUGAGGCUUUGACAGAUCUCUUUUAGUGGAUUAUACUGCAGUGGUAUAGCAAGCUGUUGUUCCUUCCUGCCUCCCAGCUCCCCUCCAGGUGCAGUAAGAGAGGAUGUCCACAGGCCCCUUAUUUAUUUCAGUGCACAUCACUCACUUCACUGGAUCUGAGCUUAUAAUGAUGCUUCAGAUUAGACUGUCUUAAGUGCUGUCCCAAUUUUAGCUUUCUUCCAUUACGUUCAGCACAGAGAUGAAGCAUCAUGCCAAAACAUUACAAGUUGUGAUCAUCAAAACCUCUUUUUACACCACAGUUCAGAAUACUGUGACAGUUGCUUCCUAACAGGUGAAUUUGGACUGGGAGCCUGCCUCCAAGAGCCAUUUCUGGUUUUCUGUACUCUGCUUUCGCAUUCAGCCCUUAUCUGACCUGCACAGGGAAAGUGAAAUGGAUUAAUUGAGGAUUUCAGAGAGUUCAUACUCAGUUGGCAAUACUUUCUGCACUCGGAUGCUUUUUGUACCUUAUUUUCAUGGAUGCUCAGUGUAUUGAGGUGCUAAAUCAUAUUUCACAAGCCUUAGAUAACUGUGUUAUGGUGACAUCUGGGGACCUAAACUGAGUUCAGGUCUCUGUGGUAACACCUUUGGCAUACAGUCUUUGUGUGGUUAAUGCUUUGAGUUUUAGACAUCAGGUGAUGUGACAAGGUGGUAAUAGGAUUAAGUACUGAGGAAGAUCCUGGGGGCUUGGAGUCCUCUGCUGUCAUUCCAGCUUUGUCUGCAUGGAAAUUGUUUGCAGCCUAGCUGAUCAGCCCCUUGUUCAGCAAAAAGGGAGGAAUGGACAGUAGUUGAACUCCUUGAGCAGAUAAGUUAAAUCACAGUCUCAGUUGUAUUGCCCAGGUUCCCACAAGUUUAAUGAGAAUUCAGGGUUGCAUAGCUCAGGUGGGCACCUGUUCAUAAAUCAAGGCAUGAGUCUGCUGUGGUUGAACACUUGACACAGGGUGUGUUUCUGUUUUUUAACUUUAUUAACAGCCUGUUAAGACAAGCAGUGCAUAUGCAGAUCUUUCAAUGACUUAGCAUGCUGCAUUGAGUUUUUGGGACAUACUUGCAUUGCUGUUUUUUGCGUGACAAUUUUGCACGUGGGAACACUCAAUAACUCAUCUGAAGUGCACAGAAAAAGUGUGGCAGAGCCAGAGAACGAGUCAGACUUUCCAGAUUGUUAUAUGGAGACACAAAUUGGGAGGCUGUCUCAUUGUAAGAUUUACCAGUGCCUGAUGAAAUAUGCCUUUAAAAUGCGUCUUUGGUGGGAUCAUACUUGCCCAUCCACUUUGUGUAACAGAUUGUGGUUGGUUCAUGGUCCAAAAUAUGUAAAAAUAUACAGAAGGCACUGCUGCUGUGAGCAGCUGACAGAACUGAAGCAGUGAUAGCUAGAUGUCUUGCCAUCAUUUCACUUUGCAAAACUAGUGAUCAGUUUUGGCCAGACAUCAGAUUCCAGUGGCUUUUACCAUUGGGCUGUGUGGGAAAUGCGUCUUAAUACUUUCAGAUCCCUUUGCAUGGAGUAGCAGUGCUCAUCUUGAAUGGUCAAAGCUGUGCUGGACUAAAGGGUUAAGAGAUUUAUUACCAGACUGUUUAAGGCAAAGAGAAUGAGCAGAUGAAAGUGAGCUGCUUGCCUUUUAUUUUUUCGUGCAAGUAUAACCACGCAGUCAUCGCCUGCUGUGUUUCAAAGCAGAGCAUAAUUGGCAGGUGGACUGAGCAGACUGUAGCUGACUGAAUUUCCAUUUUACUGCUUUCGUAUCUUAAAAGCUUUUCUGUUCUCAACAAUUGUGUCUUUUUCUGUAUUUUAAAUGUUGAGUGUGCUCUAAUGAAUGCGAAGCCUAUCAAAAGUAAUCGGGUUUAGAACUAAAAAUAAAAAUGUUUUUCGUGGUGAACCUGGGCCU